CGCGUUCGUCGGGAUGGCGGGUGUUUUGUCGCAGGAGAGGUGCAAAGGCUGCUCCUCCGUCCACUGUGCGUGUGGCGACCGGGGCACGUGGAGCGAGCCCUCGCUGCUCAGCCAGCGGCUCUCGGAAGACUCGAUGCGCCAGCAGCUGCUGCAGACGUGGACGAGCGCGCGCCACUCCCCGCGCGGCGCGGCGGACGAGGACCGGCCGCUGGUGUUCCUGUGCGCCGGCUGCCGGCGGCCGCUGGGCGACUCGCUGAGCUGGGUGACCAGCCCGGACGGCAGCUGCAUCCUGCUGCGCAGUGUUUCCAGCGCUGUCGCUGUGGGUAAGGAGCCGGUCCUGUCCAGGCGGGAGAAUGAAAACGGCUGCGUGCUGGAGACUUUGCACUGCGCGGGGUGCGCGCUCAGCCUCGGCUACAUAUACCGGUGCACGCCCGACCACCUGGACUACAAGAGGGACCUGUUUUGCCUCAAAGUUGAAGCCACUGAAAGUUAUGUUCUAGGGUCCUCUGAGAAGCAGAUCGUGUCGGAAGAUAAAGAACUUUUCAACCUGGAGAGCAGAGUCGAAAUAGAGAAUUCUCUGAAGCAGAUGGAAGAUGUUUUGAAAGUGUUGCAAACGAAGCUGCAGGACGUGGAGACAAAACUGUCCUCCAGUUCCCACGCUGAGACCUCCUGCGAGUCUCCCGUCUAGACUUCCGUGCCGACGGUGGUCUCUGCAGGUAGCGGUUCUCGGCGUAACUACCUGCUCGGACUGGGGGGAGUCUCACCGGCUGUGUGCACUGUGUUCUUUUCACUGAUCAGGUGAAAGUAAUCGUGGCUGUACUGGAUGGGAAAGAGGUGAUUGUUUUCCAGAUUGGAAUUUCAA